AUGGCGGGUGCUCAAACCUCCGAGGUGGAUGCUGUGCUCAAGGGAUUCCUCACGGAUUAUCCCACCAUCAUCGGCUUUGUGGUCAUCAACGCAGAUGGCAUCCCCACCAAAUGGCACGAGAGCAUGCCCUACGAACGAGCCGUGAUCUACGCCGCUUUGAUGUCCGACUUCAUCGCCCACUGCAAGAAGAGCCUUCGGGGGCUGCUGACUGGCCCGGCAGAGAGCGAGCUGGCCAACGUGCGCUUGCGCACGAAGGAGGGCACCGAGAUCAUCUGCGUGACUCAGACGGAGUACACCUUGGUAGUGAUCCAGAACUGCACUGGCAAGCCGUGGGUGCAGGAUGAGGAGGCGGCCGGUGCCGCUGGUGGAGGUGAAGCUGGCGCGUGA